AUGGCGGAGCGCGGCCCGGCCUUCUGCGGCCUCUACGACACGUCCUCCCUGCUUCAAUACUGCAACGUUUCCUCUUUUGCAAAACGUUUCGCCAACGGGGCCCUGAGAUUCCUCCUCUUACGAGUUCCAAGUCCCGACAGCUCUCUCCCUCAGACCUCGGGAGGCCCCCACCUUCCAAUGCAGCUCCUGGGUGGCCCCCCGCAGCGAGCGCUCCCUUGCCUUCCAGAUGACAAUUUGUCGGGCACGAGCGGGAUGGAGGUGGACGACCGCGUGUCGGCGCUGGAGCAGCGGCUGCAGCUGCAGGAAGACGAGCUGGCGGUCCUAAAGGCCGCGCUGGCUGACGCGCUGCGUCGCCUGCGGGCAUGCGAGGAGCAAGGCGCUGCUCUGCGCGCGCGGGGCACCCCCAAGGGCCGGGCGCCUCCGCGCCUAGGCACCACAGCCUCGGUGUGUCAGCUCUUGAAAGGCCUUCCCACCAGGACGCCCCUCAAUGGCUCGGGACCCCCGCGGCGCGUGGGCGGCUAUGCCACGUCCCCAUCCUCCCCCAAAAAGGAGACGACCUCCGGGCGCAGUGCCCGCCGCUACUUGUCACCAGAGCGCCUCGCCUCAGUGCGCCGCGAGGACCCACGCAGCCGCACCACAUCCUCUAGCAGCAAUUGUAGCGCCAAAAAGGAAGGGUAGGUAUCCGAAGCGGGGUCGUGCCACAACGGGUGGGGCCAGGAUCCCAGUUAGACUUGGAAAAGGAUGGGGGAUUUAGGGUGAUGCCCCAGGCCACGAGGUGAUAACCUAAAGCGCGGUCAUCU